AUGCUAAUUAAAGACCGGGUGCUGGAUUUUGGACAUCACAUUGGAAAACCACUUGGUAGCCUUCCAGAAAGCUACCUGCGAUGGAUGAGCGAGACACUUCGACAUGGAAAGUGGGAGAUCUGGUCCACACUGGCCAGUAGAGUCCUCAGUGGCAAUUGCCAAGUAGAAUUAGAUCCAUCUCAGUUGCACUCCAAAAGCCUCAAGGAUGCAAUCCAGGCGCUCGAGAGCUGGAACAUUCCCUUGGAUGCAGCAACGUACGCAAAUCUUCUCAAGAAAUGUGGAGCCUCCAAAUCGCUAGAAGAGGGGAAGUGCGUCCACGGCCAUAUUCUCCAGCAUUGGCGAGGCGAUCGCACAUUUUUGGAGAACCAUCUUGUGCAGAUGUAUGGAAAUUUCGGGGACGUGGUGAGUGCAUUCGCAACGUUCUUUCAGAUUAAGAAGCCCACCACUAUCUCUUGCAACACGAUGAUCGCAGCAUAUGCCCAAAACGGGCAUGUUGUCAAUGCCAAGCGAGUGUUUGAUCAAAUGGAUCUUCGGGACGUUAUUACCUGGACUUUGAUGAUCAAAGCUCUUGCGCAAGACGGCCAGACUAUCGAAGCCGAAGACCUUUUCAAUCUAAUGCCAUUUCGUGAUAUUGUUGCAUGGAACGCUAUGAUCUCUGCAUAUUCCGACAGCGGGGAUCUGGGGACUGAAUUUUCCAAAGUCUUGUUUGACGCGAUGCCUGCCAAGAACGAAGCCUCUUGGAAUGCAGUAUUACAAUCGCUCGCCUCCAGCGGGCAUCUUGAUUAUUCCCAGCUCCUAUUCGAUCGGAUGCCACAGCGAGAUCUAAUCACCUGGAAUGCGCUCAUCGGUGGCUACUGUCGUCUAUCGCUGGUAGAAACGGCGCACUGUUUGCUCAACGACGCUCCCCAGAGGGAUAUCAUCACCUGGACACACUUGAUCUCGGGAUAUUCUCUGGUUGGGAAUCUCCAGGCAUGUCGGGAUAUCUUCGACCACGUUCCUCGGAGAGAUGCCGUGUGUUGGACGACACUGGUGCAGGCAUACGUGCGGUCGGGAUUUGUCCUCCAAGCCGGGAGUGUCUUUGACAAGAUGCCGCAGCAUUUCCUGGCAUCUUGUAAUGCGAUGAUCCAGGGAUAUGCCCAAAACGGGUAUAUCCCCCAAGCAGCGUUGGCGUUUGAGAGUAUUCCUGUGAAAAAUGCAGUGUCUACCACGCUUAUGCUAAGAGCUUACGGAGAAAAUCACCUGUGUGACGAAGCUCAAGAACUGUUUGAUUGCAUGGAGAAAAAGAAUCUCCUGCCGUGGAGUGCUAUGGUUGACGCAUAUGCCCAAAAUGGGCAUAUUUACGAGGCGGCUGAAGUGUUUGAGAAGAUGCCGCAGAGGGAUUUAUCUGCCUGGAUCGCAAUGGUAUCAGUUUAUGGUGAGAAUGGAAGGAUUGAAGACGCUUGCAAGGCCUUUGAAGAAAUUCCCAGGAAAAAUUCUCUGGCUUGGAGCUGGAUGGUAGCAGCGUACUGUCAAGCCGAGCACCUCGAUCGCGCAGUGGGGAUUUUUCUAAGCAUGCCCCAGUGGAGUGCCGCUUCUGUCAACUCUCUGAUCAUCGCAUUUUCCCAGAAGGGAGAUCUUGGAGGUGCAAAGGCCGUGUUUAACGAGCUGCCUCAAAAAGAGCUGGGGACUUGGACGGUAAUGAUCACUGUUUACAGCCAACAUGGGAGUUUCAGAGAUGCGAUGCAAGCGUUUAGAGAAAUGGACUUGGAGGGCGUCAAGCCCGACAAAGUGGCGUUCGCGAGGAUCUUAGAGGCUUGUGGAAGCGCCUGCGAGGGGAAGAUCAUCCACGAUAGUAUCUUGGACAGCGGGAUUUUGCAGUUUGAUCCGCUGGUUGCUAUUGCUUUGAUCGAGAUGUAUGCUCGCUACAAGCAGUUCGAGGAAUCAAUGCUGGUUUUCGAUGGGUUGCAGGAGCGAGGCCAGGAAGCAUGGUCUGGUAUUGUCACGGCUUUUGCUGCAAACGGGCACAAGAGACAGGCUUUGAAACUCUUCCAGAGAAUGCACCUCGAAGGCAUAAAGCAGGUUCAGUAA